AACAGGCAUCAGUGCUUUGCGGGCAGCCAACAUGUGCGCUGUCUUUCGAUUGCUGACGGUUAUAUUGAACGUAACUCGUAACUAAAGUUUUAUCUGUGGACUGAAGGAUUUUGUGUGUUGUGUGCUUUAUUUUAAUCGAUUGAAGACUAUUUUGGAUAUUAAAGAUGGUGCUGGGUGCGAAGAAAGCCAUCCAGCAUGUGCCCAGCAAGGGCAGGAUAUCUAUUAUGAGAAUACAAAACUUUACAGUGCAAAAAAGACAAUCUGUGGUGAGGGUAGUAUACGGGUCGUUCCUUAUCGUGUUCGCUGUGGUGCUAUCGGCCAUUGACCCCAUCACCAUAGUCACUAAUUGGUUUUUGGACAUUCAAGAAGGCAAGUUGAUCUACCGGAUGUGGAACAAGCCGACCUACGAAGUGUACUGUGACGUCUAUGUGUUUAACUACACCAAUGUGGAGCAGUACUUGAGCGGGGAGGACUCUAAACUACAUUUGGAAGAAAUUGGACCGUUUCGGUUUCAAGAGAUAAGAGUAAACGAGAAUCUAACCAUAGACAAGGAGCGUGGGGUGAUGACCAUGAACCCGACCCUGCGGCUCAACUUCCUGCCCGACGAGUCCAUAGCGCAUUACAACGAUGUGAAGAUACUAGUGCCUAACGUGGCUUUACUUGCUAUCAGCACUCUCCUGGCCGACCAUACGGGGUACUUCGUCAACGUGGGGGCAUACUACUCCAUCUCGGCGCUGGGGUCCAAGCUCUUCAGGAACAUGACCGCAGGGGAACUCAUGUGGGGUUACGACGACCCCCUCGUGGCAGUCGCCAGCAAGCUCCUGCCUGGGUGGAUUGAUUUUGGCAAAAUUGGUAUUAUGGACAGAUUCUACGCACCAAGGAAAGAGUAUUCGGAGGUGGAACUGAGGAACUCGAGCAGAAAGUUCUCCAUCAACACAUGGAACAACCUGACCGGCCUGGCGGAGCAGGGGUUCACUGAUUGGAAUACUAGCAUACCUUGCAACCAAGUAAAAGGCACGUACGAAGGCUUGAUGCUGACCCCUGGUCUGAAGAAGGAUGUGGAGAUCCCGAUAUUCAGGAGGCAAGCCUGCAGAACUUAUCCUUUCAAAUUCCUCGAGGAGGUCAAGAGUCCUGAUGGUCUUACAUUUUAUAGGUAUAUCAUGGACGAGACAUCGUUCAACAGAACCUCCCGCUACGCCUGCAAGUGCACAAAGAACUGUGUGGCGGACGGAUUCAUCGACAUCAGCAGCUGCUACUAUGGGUUCCCCAUCGUGCUAUCAAAGCCCCAUUUCUUGGACGUGGACCCGACUAACCAGGGACACUUCAGUGGCUUCUCACCUGAUCCAAUCAAGCACAGGUCUACCGUGGAUAUAGAGCCGGUAACCGCCGUAAACAUGGCAGUGACUACUAACAUACAAAUAAACAUCGCUGUCCGGAUGUCUGCGGGGAAUCCCCUCACAAAGCCUUUCAAAGAUAAGGUGGUCCCUAUUCUGUGGUUCUCAAUGAACUGCAAGGAGGCACCGUCAGAGGUCAUCAACCUAAUGUGGUUCCGCUUUGUGGUGGCUCCACCGCUCCUCAUCACGGUGACCGUGGUGCUGCUCCUCGUCGGCAUCGUACUCGGUGCUCAGGGCUUCCAUCGUAUCUGGAGACCAAGGUAUAAACUCGUCCAACAAGAACAAAAACCAAGAAAGAAAAGCAUAGAGAGGAGGAGAAACAGUGUCAUUGUCAACAUGGCGGAUAACAAUGGCUUUAUAGAUGAACAAGAGUUGGCCAAAGAAGCUGUCUCCCUACUAGCUAUAACAGAAGAGGACGGCGAUGGUAUUCCAGAUCUAUUAUUAAACGAGUGAUAGAGACAGAUAGUGGUAUUAUAGGUAUUAUUUAUUAUAUUAAUAAAUUCGAAUA